AUGCCAGUGAUUGGAGCUUUGGAGGUGGAGACUGAUAUUGCUAAAGAGGAACAAGAAAUUGAAAUACAGAAAGAAAUUUACAGACAGAUCCUGGGAAUGAAGUCUGAAAGUAAGAUAGAAAAGCAUGGAUCAGUAGGCGAGGAUCAAGGGAGUAAUGACAUUUUUAAAGUCCAGACAGAACAUUGUGAGAAAAUGGAAAUGUGCCUGGAACCUUUAGGGAAAGAGGAGUCAGAACAUUUUAAGAGCGUAGAGUAUUCCCAGGAGCAAGUUGAAGCAAGAAAAAUUGACUCGGAGAAAGUGUACUUAGAUCUGGUGAAGUGCUUUGAGGGCAACUGCAGUUAUCUUGCACUUUAUCCAAAGGGCAAUCCACUUCUAGAAACACAACACAAUAUUGCAGGGAAUGAACAAAUGGAGAUAUCUGAGGUAGAAUACAACACAAUGAGAGACAGUCUGCAGGAGGAAGAAACCACCAGUGAAGAAGAGUUUUGUGAUGUUGACCUUUCAGAAUUUGACAUAGAACUGUCUCUCUCUGAGAGUGGUGUUAGCUUCAGUUCCGAGCAGUUCUUGGUCUUGGAUGAGUCAGCAGCAAGCAGUCACACAUCCUCCCAGCUAUCCACGAGAUUUGACCAGGAUCAAAUUUCAGCUCAGAGGAAUUGGAAAAGGACAGUGUUGCUCAUGUGGAAGGAGAUAGCCAGUCACAGAUUUGCUAGUUUGUUUCUGAAUCCAAUAACUGAGGAACGAGUUCCUGGAUAUCACAGCCAGGUGCACAGACCAAUGGAUUUAUCCAAUAUAAAGAGAAAUAUUAAAAAAGGACUGAUCCGCACAACAGCAGAGUUCCAGCGGGAUAUCAUGCUGAUGUUCCAGAACGCAGUAAUGUACAAUAGCUCCGACCAUGAUGUUUUUCACAAAACAGUGGAAAUGCAGCGAGAAGUCUUAAAACAGAUCCAGGAUAUACUGGAAGUAGUCGAACUAGGUGACAGUAACAAAAGCCACAGUUGGAAGAGUUUGCAUCUCAUGCAAAAAUGAGCAAUGGUCAUGAUGUUGCAUAGCCUUAAAGAGUGAGCGACUUGGGUGAAGAGACAGAACUGAGUGCUCACAAGUUAUCACAAGGUGCAGAAGAACCACAGGAAUGCAGAAUG